UCUCCCCCAGUGUCCCUCUGUCCGCUUCGAUUGAGGAAGCAAAAAAGCAAAGCGAAAGAUUAAAAAACCCCGGAUUUUUCUGACUCGCAUCCCACACGAUUUAGCUCCAGUACCACUUGAAAAAGCACUCACUAAAACUACUACUAAUCUCCCACACAAACUGCCUUCUUCAAAUUUGAAAACCAACCUGGGGUUUUCUGGGAACCUUUCAAAUUUGAAAACCUUGCACCUGGGUUUUUCUGGGAAUUGUUCAAAUUUUGAAAACUGCCACUUUGGUUUUUCUGGGUUUUCUCCUGGGAUUUCAAAGAUAGCACCUUUUCGUGUGUUAUUUCCCUGCCCCUUUGUGACCUGAAAGAUCCAUUUUUCAAGCUUCAUUGCUGGUUUGAAUUGCAAUGGCGGCGUCGGGCGGGUAUAAUUACCGAUAUGGCAGUCAGAGGGGUGCUUUGAGGGUGGAUAGGCCUCUCUCUGUAAAUUCCAAUCCCAAGUCUUCUGUCAAAUCCAAGUCUUUGCCUGCUUCUGGGCCACGCCGGAACAGCACCGGCUCCACUGGCGGCGGUGGCGCUACUGGAGCUGCUGCUUCUAAGAAUGAUAAUACAGGAGUUCUUGGAAGAGUUCGAGUAGCUCUAAGAUUGCGACCACGUAAUGCGGAGGAAAUGGUUGCAGAUGCUGAUUUUGCGGACUGUGUAGAGUUGCAACCAGAGCUAAAAAGGUUGAAACUUCGGAAAAACAAUUGGGACACAGAUACUUAUGAGUUCGAUGAAGUGCUCACAGAGUUUGCAUCCCAAAAACGUGUUUAUGAAGUAGUGGCAAAGCCUGUUCUUGAGAGUGUUUUGGAAGGUUACAAUGGAACGGUCAUGGCAUAUGGUCAGACCGGUACAGGGAAAACAUAUACUCUUGGACAACUUGGAGAGGAAGACACUGCUGCUCGUGGAAUAAUGGUUCGUGCUAUGGAGGAUAUUUUAGCAGAUGUAUCUCUGGAGUCCGAUUCUUUGUCAGUCUCGUAUUUGCAGCUUUACAUGGAAACCAUACAGGACCUACUUGAUCCUGCUAAUGACAACAUUUCUAUAGUGGAAGACCCAAAGACCGGUGAUGUCUCAGUACCAGGGGCUAGCUUAGUCGAAAUCAGGGACCAGCAGAGUUUCGUAGAACUACUAAGAUUAGGGGAAGCGCACCGCUUUGCUACAAAUACAAAAUUGAAUACUGAAUCUUCCCGCAGUCAUGCUAUUCUGAUGGUAAACGUCAAGAAGUCUGUGAAGGGAAAAGAUUCAGCUCUUUCAAGCCAAAAUGGGAACAAUUCUCACAUGGUAAAAAGUCUAAAGGCUCCUGUUGUUCGAAAGAGCAAGCUGGUUGUAGUGGAUCUUGCUGGUUCAGAGCGCAUUGACAAAUCAGGAAGUGAAGGACAUACACUAGAAGAAGCCAAAUCAAUCAAUCUCUCCUUAAGUGCACUGGGAAAGUGCAUUAAUGCAUUGGCAGAGAAUAGUUCACAUGUUCCAGUUCGAGAUUCCAAACUCACAAGAUUGCUUCGUGAUUCAUUUGGAGGCACAGCAAGAACUUCACUGGUUGUUACUAUUGGUCCAUCCCCACGUCAUCGAGGAGAGACAGCUAGCACUAUUAUGUUUGGACAGCGGGCUAUGAAAGUGGAAAAUAUGUUGAAAUUGAAGGAAGAAUUCGACUACAAAAGUUUGGCCAGGAGGCUAGAUAUACAACUAGACAAAAUCAUUGCAGAACAUGAGAGGCAGCAGAAGGUAUUUGAGGAUGAGAUGGAAAGAAUAAGCAUAGAAGCACAAAAUCGGAUCUCAGAGGUUGAAAGGAACUACACAGACGUGCUGGAGAAGGAAAGAUUGAAAUAUCAGAAAGACUAUAUGGAAUCAAUAAAGAAGCUCGAAGAGCAGUUGGUGAUGACUCAGAGAAAGCAUGGUAGUGAAAAAAUCACAAAUGGACAUGAGGAUGAUGGCUUUAACGUGGCAUCAAGCAAAGAGAGUUGCAGGCUGCAUGUUGAGGAAAUUGAUGACCUAACAAAGUUGCUCCAGAAAGAGACUAUGCUCAGGAAGGCUGUUGAGGAGGAAGUGCAUAAUCUUAAAAGUCAAUUGACUCAGUGGAAAAGGUCAGAGGCAGCUGGAAAGUCAGAGAUCUUAAAGCUUCGUAAGAUGUUGGAAGAUGAGGAACAUCAGAAGGAGAAACUUGAAGGAGAAAUAGCAAGACUACACAGUCAGUUGUUGCAACGAAGUUUUGAAGCUGAUGAGACAAGUCAACAACUAGACAGGAGUGGGGCUGAAAAAAUUGGUGCUCUUGAGUCCCUUAUGACUCAAGUUAGGAAACCGCAGCUUAAAGAUUCAGGAAAUGAGGAGAAGGCCUCGAUAGCAAAACUCUUUGAGCAAGUGGGAUUGCAAAAGAUCUUGUCAUUGCUUGAAGCAGAAGAUAAUGAUGUGAGGAUUCAUGCUGUUAAAGUUGUAGCAAAUCUUGCUGCUGAAGAAGCAAAUCAGGAGAAAAUCGUAGAAGCUGGUGGUCUUACAUCCUUGUUGAUGCUACUUAAAAACUCUGAGGAUGAAACCAUACAUAGAGUUGCAGCUGGUGCAAUCGCAAAUCUAGCUAUGAAUGAAAUCAACCAGGAGCUGAUUAUGACUCAAGGGGGAAUUAGUUUGUUAUCUAUGACAGCAGCCAACGGUGAAGAUCCCCAAACUCUUCGAAUGGUUGCUGGAGCCAUUGCUAAUCUAUGCGGAAAUGAUAAAUUACAGAAUAAGAUAAGGGGUGGUGGUGGCAUCAAGGCGUUGUUAGGAAUGGUCAGAUGUGGACAUCCUGAUGUUCUUGCACAAGUUGCUCGAGGAAUAGCGAACUUCGCAAAAUGCGAGUCUAGAGCAUCUACACAAGGUACCAAGACUGGAAAGUCUCAUCUGAUUGAAGAUGGCGCACUUGCGUGGAUUGUACAGAAUGCUAACAAUGAAGCCGCGCCAAUCAAACGCCAUAUUGAACUUGCACUCUGUCAUUUAGCUCAACAUGAAGUGAAUGCUAAAGACAUGAUCACUAGCGGUGCCCUGUGGGAGCUGGUCCGCAUUUCCCGAGAUUGUUCACGCGAAGACAUAAGAACUCUUGCAUAUCGAACACUAACUUUGAGCCCUACCUUCCAAGCUGAACUAAGGCUAAAGAAUCAUCACAUAAUGGAAACAAAUAGGCAAAAUGCGAGGAUUAAUCCCAAGAUGCAGCAGCAACAAGCAUGAACACUUCGGCCAGCUUGUUCCUCAGGAAGUCGCCAUUAAAUUAGCCUCGCGUUUACUUUAUGGUCCUAAAAUUUAGUUAAUUACACACGAAACUCUAAUUUGUUGAUCUACUUAUUGUCAAUUAGUUCAUGUUUCUGCCGAACAUCGCACUGUAGCUUCUAACUACUUUUUAUAUUGAUUUGUAUAUGAAACAAAUAGGCAAAAGAAACUAACUUGUUUUUUGGGCA